CGCCGUCAUUCGCGGCUUCGGCUGUCAAUCACUGGGUCCCGGCAGGUGAUUCCCCACCAGCACCCAGCAAUCUCCGAGGAUUUCCAACAAGGGAGAGACCUGUAUGUAAACAAUACAGAUCUCUCCCCUGUCAGCUCCUGCACACUGCUUUGUAUGGCUCCGCAUAGCAGAGCCAGUGGAAACACACACACAGCCCCCAUAGUAAAACAGCACACAGCGCACAGUUAUCCCUUUGAUCGCCCCUCACGUUAACCCCUUCCUGCCCAGUGCCAUUAGUACAGUGUCAGUGCUUUUUAUUAGCACUGGUUACUGUAUUGUUGUCACUGGGGAUUUCAGUGACACCAAGUCAGUUCCCCCCAGUGUCAGAAUGCCCGCUGCAGUCCCGCUAUAAGUCACUGA